CUAAACAGUACUGAGUGAGAUAAAAAUGUGAUAGAUUUUCUCAAAAAGGUCUCAGUGAUACUGGACAGGACAGGCUAGUCCCAAAAAUUUUCUAGACCAGACCAAAAAAGAACCGAAAUGGGUGUUUAUAUUCAUAUUUUUUAAUUUUUUAAUAUAAGCCCUUGUUCCUUUAUCUUUAUCCUCUCCCGCUCGCGCGCCACCUGCUGAAUCUCAUUAUCGUUGUCCUCAGCUCUCGCUCUCGCUCGCGCGACUAGCCUCAAUCGCUAAACAUAACGGCGGAGACCUUCACCUCAACCGCCGACUUCUAUUACAGUUUCAACGUGCAGGUAACGCCGCCCAAUGUUGCCGCCCUCAGGACAGCGACGUACUUGCAGGGCAUGACGGAAGCUAAAGGCACAGAAGAAGAGAAUCUAUCAACUGGGAUAAACUCGGGCGCGUUUGCUGGUUGGAAGCACUGUUAUCUGAGAGUUUGAACUCUGAGCCGCAUUUCACCUCGAACUUGCAGCUAGUGUUUAAUAUAUUGUCAUGUAUUGAGAUAUUGAUUCUCUUGAUAGUUUGGACCGGGACGAUAUGGCUAUCUUGAUGUCUACCAUAAUAGUUCCUUCUACUUCCACUAAGCUGAGUUUGAAGCUUGCCUCCGGUAACACUAUACAGGAGCACCUACUUCCAAGCAUCCCUCAUUUCUCAGAAUUUCGUACAGAGACUCGCAAACGAUUUAAGAAAGUCUCGCCAUCGAUUCGUUUUGCAUUGAAUAAUCAGUCUAAUUAUGGGAAAAUCGUCACUCCCAGGAAAGACAGUAGAAACCCCGUGUUUAGCGAAGGCAGAGAUGAAGACGAAAGUCAUGGACCUAUUUGCCCUGGCUGCGGAGUCUUUAUGCAAGAUAAAGACCCAAACCUUCCCGGGUACUAUCAACAAAGGAAGCUUAAAGUAGCAGAAAUUUCUUAUGAGAACGAUGUGCUUUAUGAUGGUGAACUUGAAGGGUUCGAUGAGGGUGAAGUUGAAGAUGAUGAUGAGGACGAUGUGGGGUUUUUGGAUGAAAGUGAAAAUGAAUUUGAAGAAAUCAAAGGGGGAUUGACAGAUCAAAUUGAUUGGGAUUCUGAUGAGUGGGAAGCUAAAUUACUGGAGGACGAGGAUGAUAAGCUGAGCAUGGAUGGAUUUACUCCAGCAGGGUUAGGGUAUGGUAACAUUACGGAGGAGACUCUGAAUAGGGCUAAGAAAAAGAAAGUGUCCAAAGCUGAGAAAAAGAAAAUCGCUAGGGAGUCUGAGAAGAUGAAAGACGAGGUUACAGUCUGUGCUCGGUGCCAUUCAUUGAGGAACUAUGGGCAGGUGAAAAAUCAAACAGCUGAGAAUUUAAUACCGGAUUUUGAUUUUGAUAGGUUAAUUUCUACCCGGCUCAUGAAAUCUUCUGGUAGCGGUAGUGCUAGUGUAGUUGUCAUGGUUGUGGAUUGUGUUGAUUUUGACGGUUCUUUUCCCAGAACAGCUGCAAAAUCACUAUUCAAGGCACUGGAAAGAACCAAGGAUGACCCAAAGCUAAGCAAGAAGCUGCCGAAGCUUGUUCUUGUGGCAACAAAAGUUGAUCUUCUUCCAUCUCAAGUUUCUCCCACAAGGCUAGAUAGAUGGGUGCGGCAGCGUGCAAGGGCUGCCGGAGCACCCAAGUUAAGUGGGGUUUAUUUGGUCAGCGCACGAAAGGAUUUAGGUGUAAGGAACCUGCUCUCCUUCAUAAAAGAAUUGGCUGGUCCUCGUGGGAAUGUGUGGGUUAUUGGGGCUCAAAAUGCAGGCAAGUCUACGCUCAUUAAUGCAUUUGCCAAGAAGGAAGGAGCCAAGGUUACAAAGCUCACAGAAGCUCCAGUUCCUGGGACGACGCUUGGGAUCUUGAGGAUUGGAGGAAUUUUGUCAGCGAAGGCUAAGAUGUUCGACACUCCAGGGCUCUUGCAUCCAUAUUUAAUGUCAUUGAGAUUGAACAGGGAUGAGCAAAAAAUGGUUGAGAUACGGAAGGAGCUUCGACCUCGGACAUACAGGAUGAAGGUAGGGCAGGCUGUUCAUGUUGGUGGCUUGAUGAGGCUUGAUCUUAAUAAAUCUUCCGUUCAAACAAUAUAUGUCACAGUUUGGGCAUCACCUAAUGUUUCUUUACACUUGGGGAAAAUAGAAAAUGCCGAUGAAAUUUGGAGGAAUCAUGUUGGUGUUAGGUUGCAGCCGCCCAUUGACAAUGACCGCACAGUUGAAUUAGGCGCAUGGCAAGGGAGGGAAAUAAAGGCAUCGGGAACCAGUUGGGAAGUUAAUAGCAUGGACAUAGCAACGGCCGGUUUAGGUUGGUUAUCUUUAGGUCUGAAAGGUGAAGCAACUAUGACAUUGUGGACCUACGAUGGCGUUGAAGUAACUAUGAGAGAGCCCUUGGUUCUUGACCGAGCCACUUUCCUUGAGAGACCUGGUUUUUGGUUACCGAAAGCCAUUUCUGAUGCUCUAGGCAGCCAAUCUAAACUUGAAGCUCAGAGAAGGAAAAACCUUGAAGAUGAGCCAGAACUGCUGGCAGAGAUAUCUGCUUGAAAAAAGAAAUGAUAGUACGGUUGCUGUGCCUAUUUUGUAGGAACAUGAGAUUUAGACAAUACAGCCAUGCUAUUGUGCUGAUAGGCUUCCUAGGCAUUAAAUUGGGUAACAUGUUUCCAAUGUGUCGUGAACGGACUAAAAUAUAGGGUACAUAUUUUUAGUAAGUUGGCUGAUGUAAAAAGCCUAUUAUAACGGUCCCUGAUUUGGCUGCCAAAAAUUAUGAAAUUCACGGGAGUAAAUCCCUUUUUUUUUUGGGGAUGAAUAGUAAGGCUGGAAUUUAUAUUUACUGUGA